CAAGACUUCAAGUUCCAGAGGCUGUGCCAGAUAAAAUGCCAGACCAGCAGGACAGUGACAUGACAAGUCAGGAGGCUUCCAUCCACACCCCAUCUCCAAGACGGAAUGGAAGUGCCACAAACUUUAAUUUUCCUGUUCAUCAUGGCAGCAGCAUCCGCACCAUUACCCAAUCAGCCUCUCGAGCCAAUCUUAAUGGAGGAAACACACAUGGACCUGUCAGAAGUCCCGCAGUGACUAUACUACCAAAACGGCGGCUGGAACAUGUAGUCAGCAGGCCCAGGCCAUUAUUUGGCAGUCCUAAUGUUACCUGCAGAUCAAAGUCCUAUCACCGUAUGGCACCUAAUCCUCCAUAUCACUAUUCUGACAACAUCUACUCUAAUCCCUUGUACAGGAAGACCAUAGGCACCCUACAUCCUGUUGAGGCUGCCGGGAUCCUUACAGCACAGAAUUAUGGGGGGCACCGCAGACGUAACACCCGCUAUGUGAUUGUCAAUGAACAUGAGCCCCAUAAAAAGGUUCUGCGUUCAGCCACACGAGUGCCACGUCACUACCUCAUGGAGGAACCUGCAGAGAUCCUGGAGCUGUACCCACGUAGUAUUAGGCGUUUCACAUCUCGCACCACCCAACACCAGCCAAAUUCUCACAGAUCCCAGACAUCCCAGCAUUGCACUGAAGAGAAUAAUGAAGAGCAGGGAAAAGGCAGGAAACGGAUGUCACUGGGAAAAAACAACCGACUACGUUCUCUUUCUGACUUGCACCAGCAAGCACAUUUUUACAUCGGUGAUCACAGAGAAACCUACAAAUACAACUGUAUAGCUAAAAGUCGACAUGGGGCACAAGAAGGCGAUGAAGCAGAGGAUGAUGCAAGUGAAAUACAAUGGGGAGAUUUGGACCAUCUUUCUCCAUCCCAGGCUGGUGGACGUGCAGCUGAACCUCUUCUUGUACGAACCAGACAUCAUAUUCAUUCCCCAGGAAAACCAAGUCAGUCCCCUGCCAGAGCCAGGCAUAUUGAGCCCAAGUUCAGACCAAACAUGGAGACUCCACUGACUGAGUCAGACUCAGCCUCCCUAGCCUCCAGUAGUGAUCAGCAUUACAGCAGCACUGACCAGUACAUUCAAGUCAUUCACAGUAAAGAUAGCUACCUAAAGUCUGAUUGCAGGCAAGACAAGCUACACAAAAAAGAUUCCAAGAAAAGCUUUGAUUUAAAUUCUACAGAGUCCAACAAUCUUGUUUGCUCCAAUGUU